AUGAGUCAAGUUAAACUUUACAAUAAUCCUUUAAUCAUCAGGAACGUUGAAUUUAAAGAAUAUGUCACAGAGAAAGAAGCUUUAAAGAAGGUCGAUGAAUUCAGGUUUAGUGAUGCAGGACAAACGUUGUCCGAUAGUAAGAAGAACAGUAUAAGGAGGAUCGCAAAUUAUUUAGCUACUCAUCCAAAUUUUGAUGAGGUUUCUGACGACCACGUGCUUAUAAAGGAAGGGUAUCCUAUUAUUUUCACCAGUAACAAUUAUAAAAAAUUGAAAUAUGAAAAGCCGGUUAAAAAAGCGGAAGGAAUGGACGAAAGUUCAAACGAGCAUAAUCAAUUACUUGAUGGUGACAUCACUUCAGCUAUGAUUAGGGGAAUGGAUACCGUCAAUGAUAACAAUAUUUUCAAAGAUGGAUUUGAACAAAACAAGAGUGAAAUGAAGGAUGAUAACAGCUCCUUAAAGAAAAAGAGAUUUGUGUCAAAUCAAAGUGAUGGUGUUAACAAGAAUAAAAAAAAUAAAUCUACGAAGGUAAAGAAAUGGCAAAGAGAAAUAAGAACUCAACAACGAUCAUUAGAUCGACAAAUAAGAGAUUUUGAAGAAGUAGAAAAAAAAACUACAAACUUAUUAAAGCAAAAUGGUAAAAAAAAGGAUUUAACAGCUUGUAAAUUAUUUGCCAAGGAACUUGUUAGAAGCAGACGACAAAAAACUAGAUUAUAUACUACUACUCUUAAAUUAUCUGGAUCUUUAAAAAAAAGUACCGAAAUAAUGAAAAUGGUAAAUGGGUUAUCUAGGUUACCAGAAUUAUCAAAAGGAUUGCUUGGUGAAGCUAGUGUUGUUAAUGUACCACUAGAGAAUCCGGGAUUAGAGGAGGAGGAGGAACCUGCUGCAGCAUUGGAUGAAAUGCAAGCUAGAUUACAUGCAUUAAAAUCUUGA